AAUCAAUCAAUCAAUCAACCAAUCAACCAACCAACCAACCAAAAAAAAAAAAAUCAUGAUACAAUUUCAUCAACCAUUAUUGGUACGAUUGAUCAAUACACCAAGAAAUAAAUAUGUUGUAUACAUGUUUUUACAUGUGCCAAGACAUUGGCUAAGUAUUUGUUAUCAAAUUUUCAUGAUGAUGUUGAUUACUGUAUGUAUACUGGUCACAAUGUUUAUGCAAAUUGAUGUCGGUAGUCAAACUGAAUAUAUUGUACUUUUCUGGUUGGAUCUUUCCUGUUUGAUCAUAUUUUGUUCAGAAUUCAUAUUGAAUGUAUGGUCAUCUACUGUAUUGCCACAAUAUUCUGGUCCAUAUGGAAUAUAUUGGAUGUUAAUAAAUCCAUUAUAUAUGAUGGAUAUGGCUGUUAUCGGUGUGACGAUUGCCGUUGUUGCAAUGGAUUGUGUUUGGCUACCAUUGGCAGCUGGUUUACGUGGUUUUCGUAUGAUUUGGUUUCUACAGAAUCGUUCUGUUAUGAUUCGAUUAUUAUGGAAAGCAAUUUGGUCAGAAAGAUUUCAACUAAUGGUAUCCAUUUAUUAUUGUGCUGUUUGGGUAUUUUCAUUCGGUUUUCUUAUGUAUUUCAUUGAACAACCAUUUAAUUCAUAUUUUAAUACUGUCGCUAAUUCAGUAUGGUGGGCAGUGGUUACAUUUACAACCGUUGGUUAUGGUAAUGCUGCUCCAAUAACGACUGCCGGUAAAAUUGUCACUGCAUUUGCCAUGAUACUUGGUGUUUGGUUAUUCGGUCUACCGGCCGGUAUUGUUGGUGCAGCAUUAGCAUUAAAAUGUGAAGAAGAAUGUAGUACAGCUGGAACAUUACGACAGAAUUUUGGCGCUGCAAUGGUACAAAAUGCAUGGAAAGUAUAUCGUAUCCGUAAAGAAGAAGAUCGCCGCCAAGAAGAUGAUCCACCAUUAUUGGUUCGUGUAUCAUCAUUUGAUCAUUCAUUACAAUUUAUUAAUCAACCAAAUGCACCGCCUGUUGAUAUGCGUGAAUAUUUCAAUCCAAUUGCCGUUAAAUUUGUAUUCCUAUUGAAACAUGCUUAUUAUAAACGAAAAUUUAUCACUAGUGAAGAGAUAAAUGAUUCGAAAAAUUUUUAUGCAACAUAUAUGCAAACAAGUUGGCAACAGACAAAUAUGUUGUUGAAUUUACAUUCAAAAAUUGAUCAUUUAUGGGAUUCAAUGACUGAAGCUCGUCGACAGAUUGAUAUAAUUCAACAACAACAACAACCACGACAGCGAAGAAGUUUACCCGAUGACCAAGACAAUGGUGGUGGUGAUGAUGGUGGCGAUGAUCAUGAUAAUGGUGGUGAUGAUGAUAAUGAUCAAUCGCCUCCGGAUGGUGGUAAUAAUCAACCAGUUACAACCACCAAUGAUGAUGAUGAUGAUGGUGUAAUAACAAGUAGAAGAUCCAGUGAAACAACAGUAAAAAGUGGCAAUACCGAUGAUAAAUCUGAUGGUAAAAUAGUCCAUUUGUUUUAUUGA